GACCAGACUCCAAAGGAGGCCUCAGCCAAAGGCCCUGAGGAGCCCAAGGUACCGGAGCCUGAGGAGGACAAACCUAGCAAGACCCAGCAGCUGAAGAAGAUCUUUAAAGAGUACGGAGCAGUGGGAGUCUCCUUCCACAUAUGUAUGUCCCUCAUGUCUCUGGGCAUGUUCUACCUCGCUGUGUCCAGGUACUGUAUGUUGCAAGACUUCAACAGUAUUUGUCACAUAUACAAAAACAUUACAUUUGUCUUCCCAGUUGACAUGGCUCUGUUCAUCCCAAACUGUUUGAGGCCUGAAAACAUCUUGAUUGAUUUUGUGAACUACUGUAGCACUUUAAGCACACUGCAUUCAGUCAUUUCACAUGCCAUUUUAAUUUGGAAGGUGCCAAUGACAAUAGGGGGAAGGUCCUCGACUGAUUGUGUAAUGUAGGCCAAGCUGUUGUUAGUAAGACUGUCUGUAGCCGUGGACCCAUGGCCUGGUUAUGUGAGCACCAUCUCUGACUGACUGCCUGCCUGCUGGCUCUCUGCCAGCCCAGUAGGCUGAAUACCAGAGGGAUUGAGUCCAGAUUAUCAGCCAGCUCACAGAUCUCCCCUGAUAGCUGUAAUGGCCCUUGGAUUCAACACCCUAUUGGCCCGCCCGGUGCUACAAUUCACUAAAACACCACAUAAUUGCUGUGGGAGAGACAUGGGGACAUUCUGAAAUGGCACCCUAUUCCCUAUAGUGGUCUGAUAAUACAUUGCAGUGCAAUAGGGAGCCAUUUUAGACUUAGUUAGAUGAGUGUAGAGCAGCAUUCUAAUGGGAUGAGCAAUUAGAAACUUUUGAUACAAUUCAUUACUUAAUAGUUUAUUUCUUCAUAAAGUAUUUCAAUAGUCUGCAUCUUUGAGGUACAAGUUAGCAAUAUCCAACAAUUGCUUUGAGGACCAUGAUGAAAUCCUAUCCAGUGCUAAAGUUAUAUGGCUCCCUCUGGUGUGUGUGUGUGUGUUCCUCUCCACAGUGGGAUCGACAUGGCUGCUAUCCUGUACAAGAUAGGGUUCAGUGAAUCUCUGGUUCAGUCCAAGUUGGCAGCAGGGACAAGUACGUUUGUCCUGGCAUACGCCAUCCACAAGCUGUUUGCUCCGCUCCGUAUCAGCAUCACUCUGAUGUCAGUGCCUCUUCUUGUACGACACGUCAGAAAGACUGGCCUCUUCAAGACACCCACCUCACCUACACCCUGA